AUGAUCACUCAACUUCGUAAUGCAGGUUUAAAUAUUGUUCGUAUGAACUUUUCGCAUGGUUCUUAUGAGUACCAUCAAUCUGUCAUUGAUAAUACACGUCAGAGUGCAAAGAUGUAUCCUGGCAGACCGACUGCCAUAGCAUUGGACACGAAGGGCCCUGAGAUUAGAACAGGCAUUAUGAAGGAUAAUGUCGAGAUACCUAUCAAAGCAGGCCAUGUAUUUGUAAUGAGCGUAGAUGACUCUUAUAAAGAGGCAUGUGACGACAAGGUCAUGUACAUUGACUAUAAGAACCUACCCAAUGUGAUUGAGGUCGGCAAGCUGAUCUAUGUCGAUGACGGCAUCUUAUCGCUUCAAGUUUUGGAAAUUUUACCUGACGGUGUUCGAGUCAAGGCUUUGAACAAUGGUAAACUUUGCUCUCGUAAAGGUGUCAAUUUGCCUGGAACUCCAGUGGAUUUACCAGCCCUGUCAGGCAAGGACAAGCAAGAUUUACAGUUCGGCGUUGAGAACAGAGUGGACAUUAUUUUUGCGUCAUUCAUUCGUCGUGCUCAAGAUGUCAAGGAUAUCCGGAAAGCCUUGGGCGAAGAAGGCAAAUCCAUCAAAAUCAUAUCCAAGAUUGAGAAUCACCAAGGAGUAGACAACUUUGAUGAAAUUUUGGAACAAACAGACGGUAUCAUGGUUGCACGUGGAGAUAUGGGCAUUGAAAUCCCCUUGGAAAGAGUGUUUAUCGCACAAAAGAUGAUGAUUGCGAAAUGUAAUUUGUCUGGCAAACCAGUAAUCUGUGCUACGCAGAUGCUGGAAUCAAUGACUUAUAACCCUCGCCCUACGCGUGCGGAAGUCUCUGAUGUUGCCAAUGCUGUUUUGGACGGUGCUGAUUGUGUCAUGCUUUCUGGAGAGACCGCAAAGGGCAACUAUCCUAUCGAAGCGGUACAAACAAUGCAUCAAACCUGUUUACUAGCCGAAUCUGUUCUCUGCUACCCCAAACUCUUUAAUGAACUUCGCAGCUUGACUCCCUUGCCAACGACAACAACAGAAACGAUUGCUUGUGCGGCUGUGAACGCUGCUCAUGAACAAAACGCAAAAGCUAUCAUUGUGUUGACAAGUUCAGGAAUAUCAGCACGUCUCAUCUCCAAAUACAGACCCUCUGUACCCAUUAUUGUGAUCACUCGCAAUCCACAAACUGCUCGCCAGGUCCACCUUCAUCGCGGUUGUUUUCCUUUUUAUUACCCCAAGGCAUCAUCCAAAGAAGCCAGCCGUUUGAGUGCCUCAAAUAGCACAGAUUAUCUUAGUCCUCUUGAUCUUUCACCAUGGCAAGGUGAUGUUGAUACGAGAAUUAAAUGGGGAAUUGAACAGGGUCUCAAGUAUGGUUUGUUGGGGCAUAACGAGUCAAUCAUUGCAAUCCAAGGCUGGAGAGGUGGUUUAGGCAAUACCAAUACACUUCGAAUUUUGAUUUCUCCAUAA